AUGCCAGACAGUCUGCUGCAGGCAUUCCUUGCGGUUGAGGAUCAGCGGUUCUACGAUCACUGGGGUGUGGACUUUUUAGGAAUUCUCCGUGCAUCUGUUCACAAUACUCAGGGAACACUUCAAGGGGCAAGUACGGUCACUCAGCAGCUCACACGGAAUAUCUAUCUGACCCGUGAGAGACGACUUUUGCGAAAGGUGAAGGAGGCUCUGCUUGCUGUCCGCAUUGAGCGUCAAUUUUCCAAGUACGAAAUUCUCGAAAGAUAUCUGAACCUGAUUAACUUGGGACGAUACGGCUCGCAGGAAGUACUCGGUGUCCAAGAGGCAGCCCAAAACUAUUUUGGAAAAAAUGUAUGGGAGUUAGAGCUCCACGAGUGUGCCACAUUGGCGGGCAUUCCGAAAUCACCAACACGCUAUUCGCCAAUACGCCAUCCGGAUCGUUCAAAAGAACGGCGUAAUCUGGUGCUUGGAUUGAUGCUAAAGGCAGGUUUUAUUAAUGCAGAGGAAUACGAUGCAAAUGUCCAGAAACCUGUUGUCAUUGAGGUGCCCAAAAGCGCGCAGGGCACAGGCGGCUCGCAUUUUUUGGAAUAUGUUCAUGAACGACUGAUAGAGGAACCUGAAUUAGAAGGACAUUUGUACAACCAAGGGUUAAGGGUAUACACGACGAUCGAUCCCUCCAUGCAAGAGAUUGCAGAAAGAGCUGUUGCUGACCACUUGCGGGAAUUAGAUCAGAAGUUGAGAGUGGGGUCUAGUAGGUACAGAAGUCUGCCCGAUUACGACGAGAAUAAAAAUAAUCCAAAUGGCAUCAAUCCGAUUACCAGUUACUUGCAAGCGGGGCUAAUCGCCCUUGAACCGCAAACAGGACACAUCAAGGCAAUGGUUGGGGGACGCGAUUUUUAUAUCACUCGGCAGGAGAUUAACUUUUUUAAUCGAUCUGUUGAUGCAUACCGCCAACCCGGUUCAGCUUUCAAGCCAAUUGUUUUUGCAGCACUGCUUGAUUUCCCCCCUUUAAUAACACCAGCAACGAUUGUCCGUGACGAAGCGUGGUCCAUUGACGUUGGAACGCGGAGGAGAUGGAGACCGCGGAACUACGGACAGCGCUACUACGGAGAUAUUACUGCGCGAAGAGUAUUGGAGAAAUCAAUCAACAUUGCGACGGCAAGAAUGAUGUGGGAAACGCCGAUAGAGGAAAACGAGAAGCCCGCCGGUCUUAAUAGAACACUUGCAAUCGCCAAACGUCUAGGCAUCGACGCCAAUUUACCCGCAUAUCCGUCACUUGCAUUAGGGGCAGGUGGAUUGCCGGUACUCCAAAUGACUGGUGCCUACUCUGUUUUUGCCAAUGGUGGGGUGCGCAAGAAACCGAUAGGUAUUCACUAUGUCGAAGAUCAGUAUGGGGACAUCUUGAUUGAAAAUCAACCGCAGGCGGAACAGGUGCUCGACGAAGGGAUCGCUUAUCUCAUGACACAUCUCUUGAAAGGUGUGAUUGAUAAUGGCACCGGUGCGGGGGCGCGUGUGAUGGGGUUAAAACGUCCCGCCGCCGGCAAAACCGGCACGACGGAUGAUUAUACAGAUGCGUGGUUUGUUGGUUAUAUUCAAAAUCUCGCCGCUGGGGUUUGGGUCGGGUUUAACGACCCAAAACAGAAGACACUGUUCCCAGGUGCCCGAGGUGCCUUACCCAUUUGGGCUCGAUUUAUGAUUGAGGGGGCACGCGGACCCAUCAAAGAUUUUGAGAAACCGUCCAACAUUGUUUUGCGAAGUAUUGAUAAAAACACAGGAAUGCUGAAAUAUCAAGGGAAAUGUCCGGAGGAAGAUAUUAUUAAGGAAGCCUUCAUCGUUGGAUAUGAACCGAAGAUGCUGUGUAAUGCACACCGGUAG